UUAAUCAUAUUUAAAAAGUAAUAAAAAGUGCAGUGCGUCUAAAAGUUUAGAAAUCAAGAAUAUUUCUUGAAAAAAUACUUCAAGAAAUGAAAUCUGGUCGGCCUUUUUUCCGUCAUCCACCCUUUUAGGUUACGUUUCAAAAAUCGCCUUGUGAAUUUCGCUCGAGAAUUAAUUAGGCAACAAAUAAAGAUCGCGUUUAUGCUUCAAGGAAGCAUCGAAUUAAUUAGGAAAUUGUCGAAUUCAGUGAAAAAGCCGCCGAAAAUGGUGAUUCGUCAUCACGUCGAAGGUUACGAAGAAUUCCUGAAGUUUAUGGAUAAACUCCAGGGCGAUGGGGUUAUUCAUGUUCUUUUUAGUGGAACUAAAUUGCCUGAUGGAAAUAGCUGGUGUCCUGAUUGCGUAGAAGCAAUGCCACACAUCGAAAAAGGAAUCAAAGCUGCUCCGGAAAAUUCGCAUUUUGUUUAUGUCGAAGUUGGAGACAGACCGUUUUGGAAAGAUCAAAAAUGUCCUUUUCGGACAGAUUCAAGAACGAAAUUGAACGUUCUGCCCACUUUGUCAAAAUGGGGAACUCAAAAACGUCUGGAAGGCGAUGAUUGUUUAAAAGAUGAACUUGUAGAAAUGUUGGUAACUGACGAAGACGAUUAGGUAUAAUUAAAAAAAAACAACCUUUUUAACAUUUUUUUCUGCAAUAAGAAAAAGGGCGGAAAGUUUUUUUUUAAACUGUUCUUUAUUGUAAAUUGUAUUUCAUAAUAAAUAAUUAAAUAUACCCAA